UUUUGCUUCUAAGGUCCCUUUCUUCAGAGCGUGUCACAUAUAUAUAAAGAGUCAAAAAGAAAAAAAAAUUCAAUAAUAUCCCAAAAGAAGUUUUACUCUACGCUUUAAAUUAAAAAUAAUUUGCUCUAUUAAAAAAGAAUUUUAUAGGACAAAAAUAAAAGUAAGUAAAAGAAGAUCUAGAGAAAAAGUUUAUGGAAUAUUUUAGAAAAUAUAAAAAUUUCAAGAAUGUCAACAAUUACUACUGAGACAAAUGAUGAUAUGGGAAAAGUUGAGAAAAUCACUGGAUUGUUUCAUUUUAAAACAAAGAUUAUUUGGUCAUUUUUUAUAUAUUUAACAACUGUGCACAUUAUAGCAAUAUAUGGAUUCAUCACUUUUCCUUAUGCGUCAUCAAAAAUGACAUUUCUGUGGCUUUUGCUUUGUGCAAAUGUUGCCAAAUUUGGAGAGACAGGAGGUAUUCAUCGACUUUGGUCUCAUCGUGCUUACAAAGCCAAAUGGCCACUUCGAUUGAUUUUACUAUUUUCCUACUGCACAAAUGGAGUGUUGAGACCAAUGGAAUGGAUAGAAUUCCAUCGUAUUCAUCAUAAAUUUACAGAUACAGAUGCCGAUCCACAUAAUAGAAAACGAGGAUUUUUCUUUUCUCAUUUGGGUUGGUUGUUAUUAAAAAAGCAUUCGGAAUAUAUUAAACAACAAAAGAAACUUGAUUUGAGCGAUUUGAAUGAUGAUUGGAUCAUAAAAUAUGGCGAAAAGUUUGCUUAUCCAUUAAUGAUAAUGUGCAGUUUUAUUAUACCAAUAAUUGUGCCAGUAUAUUUAUGGAAUGAAAGUUGGCGUUUAUCAUUAAUUGCAGUUAUUAUGCGAUUCGUUUUGGUGGGAAAUAUCACGUUAUCUGUAAAUAGUGUCGCACAUUUUUGGGGAAUGAAACCUUAUGAUCGAAACAUAACACCAGUGGAAAAUAAAGCAAUAGCAAUUCUAACACUAGGUGAAGGAUGGCAUAAUUAUCAUCACGUCUUCCCAUGGGACUAUAGUGCACAAGAACUUCCGAUGUAUGGCUUAAAUGUAACAACAUUUUUAAUUGACAUGUUUUCAAUAAUCGGAUGGGCAUAUGACUUAAAGAAACCAAGUUCAGAAUUAAUAAAAGCAACAUGCUUGAAAAGAGGUGACGGAACUCAUCACAUUUGGGAACAAGAGCGCCACUAAACGUAAUUCCCAUAGUCCCCACCAGGCGUCCGAAUAGACGAUUGUAGAUCAAUAACGGUCAGGUAAGGUAUAAGCAGAAGGUUAACUAUACGAUUAUCAUAUUUAUUAAAAUUUAAGUGAAAAAAAAUAGUCAAAAAUAAUAAAGAAAUAUUGAUAAAAAUAAAAUAAAUAUAAGAAAUAAAUCAUUAAAUUAUAUGAAAAUAUACAAGUUUGGUAUAUAUAACAAGUAACAGAAAAUAAUAUUUUGAUCAUAUAAUAAGAAAGCGCCCUCUCGCGCAACUCUAGUGUGCACGCUUCCUAGUCCAAAAAUAUAUUUACUACUGUAAAUACCAAACAUUUCAGAUUUAGGGACAAUAUUGAUAUAGUCUUUUUAAAUUGUAAUAUCUCAUUUUAUUUAUCGCUAUAUAGUUACAAAAGUAUAACUCCUUUUCAUGUAAGAAGAGAGACAGUUAAUAUUUAAGAGAUGUACCAAUUUUAAUAGAAGAAAAUUGUUCACCACAAGCGCUCAUCUCGCGAUUAAACUAAUUUCUUAAUGUGUAUAGCGACCUUAAAAUAUACGUUCUUACGCAAUUGUCGUAAUACUAUAGAUUUGCGAACGUAAUGCCUUUUCAAGGUCACCGGCAUGUGAUGAGUAAGACUCUGAAACAUUUAUAUAUACAAAAAUGAUUCUUUAAUUAUUACAUUUUUAAUUAUAUUAUAAAGAAGAAAAAUACUUUGAUUUUAAACUCAUUGAAAUAUUCGACAAGCAUUUAUAAUGCAUUUUGAGACCCUAUAGACGCCUCUUAACACUUAUAUGAUGUGUUUUUGUAUAUAGAGAUAAAGGUUAUCGGUUAGAGAAGUGUUCUGGCCAGUAGUGCUUAUGCACUCGAAGUGAUAAAACGCGGUGUGUGUGUAAUAAGAAAAAAAAAUUUAAUUACCCUGAAAAACUUUAUGGCGAACACUGAGGCUUUCAUAAAAAAAAAUAAAAGUGAAUUUUUAAUGUAUUUCUUUUUUAAUAUCUCGACCGAACAAUAUUAAAAAAAAAAACAAAAAAAAAAAAGUGUCAACAGUGAGAAAAAAAGAAAAACCAUGGAAGUGAAAUGGAGAAUUUUACGUACUUUAUUGUGGAAAAAUUAUUUGACUCGUAAAA